GGGUGCCAUGGAGCAGGGGGCGGCGCUCAUUGGGGAGGCUCGGGCUGCACAGGAGCCCACAGAGGGGGUGGGAGGCUCAGGCAUGGCGGGCUGCAGGUCCCGAGCCCUGCCCCGCAGGAAGGCAGCUAAGGCCCGGCGAGAAAUCGAGCGCAGCACCGGUGGGCUGGCACUGCUGGGGGACCCAGUACACCCUCCACAGCCGCUGGCCCGGGUGCUAAGCCCCUCAUUGCCCGGGGCCAGCAGGGCCGGCUGGCUGCUCCUAGUGCAGGGCCCGCCAAGCCCACGCCCACCCAGAACUCCAGCUGGCCCGCAAGCACCACGCGCAGCCCCGGUUCCCAGCGCCUUUCCCUCCACACCUCCCUGCAAGCUGAGGGAGCUGGCUCCGGCCUUGGCCAGCCUAGAAAGGGGCUCCCACAGUGCAGCGGUGGGCUGAAGCGCUCCUCAAGUGCUGCCAAAGUGGGAGCCCAGGCAGAGGAGGCGCUGAGAGCAAGCGAGCGAGGGCUGUGAGGACUGCCCGCACGCUGUCACCUCUCAGUUGGAUUUACAAUACAUUGAUAGAUAGAGUCUGGGAUGCUUGCCUGGGUAGGAGGGGGAACUCCCUGGACUGAGAAGCAGUGGUUCCCAAAGAACAAUUGAGGUUCCCACUUUAGACAAAAAUCAACUCAAAAUGGCCUGUAAAAACCUGAAGUGAGCCGGAUGUAAUGGCUCAUGCCUGUAAUCCCAGCACUUUGGUUGGCCAAGGCGGGCCACCAUGACUUCAGGAGUUCAAGACCGGCCUGGCCAAUGUAGUGAAAACCCGUCUGUACAGAAAUACAAAAAAAUUAGCCAGGCAUGGUGGUGCACGCUGUAGUCCCAACUACUCAAGAAGCUGAGUGGGGAAGAUCGCUUGAGCCCAGGGGGCAGAGGCUGCAGUGAACUGAGAUUGUGCCACUGCACUCCAGCCUGGGCGACAGAGUGAGAUCCUAUCUUAAAGGAAAAAAAAAAAAAAACCUGCAAUGGUAACACUACUUGAAGGAAACAUAUGGGGAAAGUUCUAGACAUUGGUCUGGGCAAUGAUUUCUUGGAUAGGACCCCAAAAGCAAAGGCAUCAAAAGCAAAAACAGACAAAUGGGAUGGCACCUGACUAAAAAGCUUCUGCACAGCAAAAGAAACAACAAAGUGAAGAGAGAGACUACAGGAUAGGAGAAAAUCUUUGUAAACCAUGCACCUGAUAAGGGGGCUAAUAUCCAAAAGAAACAAGGAACUCAAGAAACAAAUAUCCCCAUUUAAACAUGGGCAAAGGACCUGAACAUACAUUUCUCAAAAGACACGUGAAAAAAUGCUCAACAUCGCUAAUCGUGAAGGAAAUACAAGUUAAAAUCUCAAUGAGAUACCACCUCACACCUGUUAGAAAAGCUACUACCAAACCAUGGGAGACAACAAAUGCUCGUGAGGAUGUGGAGGAAAGGGAAGCCUUAUGUGCUGUUUGUGGGAAGGUAAAUAAGCACAGCCAUUUUGGAAAAUCAUAUGGCAGUCCCUUAGAACACUAAAAAUAGAGCUACCGUGUGAUCCAGCAACCCCACUUGUGGGUAGUAACCACAGGAUUUGAAGUCAGCAUGCUGAAGAGGUAUCUGCCUCCGUGUUCACUGCAGUGCCAUUCACAACAGCUAAGACACGGCAGCAACCUGACUGCCCAGCAUCAGACGGAUGGAUAGGAUGGUCUGUCUAUACUGUUCAGCCUUAACAAAGAUGGACAUUCUAUCAUUUGUGACAACAUGGAUGAACCCAGAGGACGAUAUGCUAAGUGAAAUAAGCUAGGCACAGAAAGACGAAUACUAUAAGGUCUGAUUUUUAUGUGGAAUCUGAAAAAGUUGAACUCCUAGAAGCAGAGAGAAUGGUGGUCACCAGGGGCUGGAGAGUAGGGGACUAGGGAUGGGGAGAGGGGAGACAUUACUCUUAGGGUACAAAGUUCCAGUCAGGAAGAGUAAGCUGAAGGCCCUGUUGCACAGCAUGACAAACAUCCCUAACAAUAGCGCCUUGUGUAUUUCACAGUUGCCUGAAGAGCACAUUUUAAGUGUUCUUUUUUUCAUUAGCCUGACUGACUCUUUCUACAAUGCAUAUUGUAGAAAUCACAUUUCUACACAUAUCACAUCAGAACACCAUAUUGUACCCCAUACACACCUAUGGUUAUGUUGAUUAAAAAUUAAAAGAAUAACUGGGGAGAAGAGAGGAGAGGGAAUGCUGGAUGGUUAAAACCAGCCAAGAUCCCCUGCAGGGGGUGACCCAGAAACCAAAGGUGAGUAGGAGUGGUCAGGUCAAAGGGCAGGGAGGGUGGCCCAGUUUGGGAGGGGAGCGGGCCAUUACUGUGAGAUGCCAAGAGGACACUCCUUGGUGAGGUGAAAAGGGGCCGUGCCUCACCAAAGGGUUCAGAUUUUAUUCCAAGCAGGGGUGGAGGUGGGAUGAUCUUGUUCAUGUUUCAGAGUGUAAACUGGCCACCCCCACAGGGCUCCAUCACAGGGGCCCCCUCCUGUGGCUCCCCUCCUCUCCUCCCCAGACCUCCCUCCCCUCCCACCUUCCCAUGCACCCCCUCCCCUCCUCCUGUGUGCUCCCUCCUUCCCACAAACCACUUAUCACCUCCACAGCCCUCUGUCACCUCCGGCCCUCCAGCCUCCUCACCUGGGAGCAGGGCCACAUGAUGGUGGUAAAAAUAACUCCCUUUGACAAAGUGUGAAGGGGGCAGAGGGAGGAGGGAAGCUGAGCCCCAGCGCUAGGAAGGAGCUCUGAGAGGGUUCUGAGCUCUGGGUCACCCUCACUCACUGGGGACACAGCAGUCACGGGCUCUGCCCUCAAGAGUGCGUACCCACUACCAGCAGCAGCGACUCACACUGGGUGAAGUAGCUCCCAGAGCGGUAAGGGCCGGGAGCUGGACUGACUCCCGACACACCCAGUCCCCUCCAAAGCCUGCCACAACCCUCCAGGCUGAGGACUCCCCCGGCCCCUCCCUCAACCCUGCGCUCUGUCCUCAGGUCCCUGCAUGGUAUCAGCGAUGCUUCUUCACCCCAUUUCCGAGGCCGGGUGCGUUCCCGCCAGCCCCAGUCCUCAGGCAUUUCUCUGAGUCUCCGCCGCCCCCGUCUGGGUCCCCAUGGCAGGCACUGCAGCAGCAGGUGGGCAGCCUCCCCGGGUUAGCAUGCAGGAGCACAUGGCCAUCGAUGUGAGCCCGGGCCCCAUCCGGCCUAUCCGCCUCAUCUCCCACUACUUCCCGCACUUUUACCCUUUUGCGGAGCCUGCCCUGCACCCUCCGGAUCUGCACCCCGCAGCGGCGUCCACCAUCCGCUCUGCACCCCAGCUGCAGCCCGACCCAGAGCCAGAAGGAGACUCAGACGACAGCAGGCCUCAAGCCAUUGGCCUCAGGCUCCAUGGAUGCCUAUGUCAAAGCCAAUUUGCUGCCAGGGGCCAGCAAGGCCAGCCAGCUUCGGACACGCACCGUUCGGGGCACGAGGGUACCUGUCUGGGAGGAGACACUCACCUAUCACAGCUUCACCCGCCAGGAUGCUGCGUGCAAGACCCUUAGGCUGUAUGUGUGCGAGGACCCAUGGCUGCGGCGACAGCGGCAGGCACCUUCCCUGGGGGAGCUGCGGGUGCCCCUGAGGAAGCUGGUGCCAAACCGAGCCAGGAGCUUCGACAUCUGUCUGGAGAAGCGGAGGCUGGCCAAGAGGCCCAAGAGCCUGGACACACCCUGCGGCAUGUCCCUCUAUGAGGAGGAGGUGGAGACAGAGGUGGCCUGGGAGGAACGUGGGCGCAUCCUACUGUCACUGUGCUACAGCUCUCAGCGGGGUGGCUUGCUGGUAGGUGUGCUGAGCUGCGCCCACCUGGCCCCCAUGGAUGCCAAUGGUUACUCGGACCCCUUCGUGCGCCUGUGAGUGAACUGGGGUAGGCAGGCGGGAGAUGAGGACAAGGCAGUGACUCCUCACCUCUCCAGGGCCACACCUAACCCGCCAAUCUUCCCCGAUCAGUUUCCUGCAUCCAAAUGCAGGGAAGAAAUCUAAAUUCAAAACCAGUGUUCGCAGGAAGACCCUGAAUCCCGAGUUCAAUGAGGUGAGCCAGGGCCAGGCAGGUCCCAGCCAACCCUGGCCUUGACAUGCUGAGCCACUACCCUACCGUGGCCUGCUUCUUAAGCUGUGGGAGAGCCGAGGCUGCCUCCUUCCCGCCUCUCUGCCCUUCUCCCUGCAGGAAUUCUUUUACUCAGGCCCCACGGGAGGAGCUGGCCCAGAAAACGCUGCUGGUGUCCGUGUGGGACUAUGACCUAGGCACG